AUGGUAAAAGGGUGGAAAAGGAGGGGAGAAGGAAGGAGGGCGGCGGCGGCUGCGCCCUCGGCCGCGCAAUUUGGCCACCUGCCUCCUCCCCUCCCCCUACCGCCGCUGCUGAUUGACAGCCCGUGGAGUCGCGACUGGGUGGAGCCGCUGGGUGGGGUCAGGCAGUUGGGUGGGGGAGAGAGGAGCCGCCGCCACCGGCGCCGCGUCCAGCAGCCAGGCUCGCUUUUGCGCACACGGCGAGGGGAGCGCACUGCGCGGAGGCGGUGAGCGCGCGGAGAAGCGGUCCGGGGCAGUGGGCGGUGGGUGGAGGCGGUGAUGGGUGGGGUCAGGGACGGGCAAAUGGGUGGGGGAGCGCGGCUCUGCGGAAGAGAGCCGCCGCCGCCCCCGGCGCGUCCAGCCAGGCUUGGGUACCCCCGGCAAGAGGUGCGCCCAGCACGGAGCGGGCUGGGAGGUGGUCCUGCAGGACGGUGGGUGGAGGAGGUGGCGGGUGGGGUGAGGGACAGGCAGAUGGGUGGGUGAGCCCGGCUCGUCGGAGAAAAGCAGCCAGACAGGCUCGCUUAGCGCACGGGGACCGCCGGCGAGAGGAGCGGACAGGGAGGUGGUCCAGCAGGGCGGUGGGUGGAGGAGGUGGCGGGUGGGUGGGCAGGGAAGCGGUCAAGGGCGGUGGGCGGAGGAGGCGGAAGCGCGGAGGCGGCGCCAGCCUCCCGCAAACGGGAGCGGCAGAGGACGCAGCCGAGCCCGCCGGGAAGAGGAGGAGCUGGAGGCGUCUGUUACUAACGGAGGAGAGCUUCGGCUGGGCGUCUCCCGAGGGGGUGUGGCGGGGGUGGGGGCUUUCUGGCGCGGCUCUGCUGCUUCCCCCUCUCCCGCCGCCGCUCCCGGUUCUGGGGCUCGAGCAAGCUCCGUGAGCCGAUCCCACGGGUGAUGGAGCCAGGGUGGCGGCCGCUGCGCCCCUGGUGGCGGCGGAUUGGCGGGGGGGGGGGGAAGGCUGGCUCUGGCUCGGGUUGACAGGUGGGGGCGGGGGCGGUGGGUGGAGGCGGUGGUGGGUGGGGUCAGGGACGGGCAGAUGGGUGGGGAGCCCGGCUCGUCGGAGAAGAGCAGCCACCGCCGCCGCCACCAUCAUCACCGGCGCGUCCAGCCAGGCUGCCUUUGCGCACGGGGACCCGCGGAGAGAGGUGCGCCCGGCGCGGAGGCGCUAAGCGGGCAAGGAAGCCUCGGUCAAGGGCGGUUAGCGGAGGAGGCGGAAGCGCGGAGGCGCCACCCCCCGAGGAAACGGGAGCGGCAGAGGGCGCAGUCGAGCGCGCAGGAAAGAGGAGGAGCUGGAGAGGCCGGGCCACUGCGCCUGUUAUUACGCACGGGAGACCCACUGCUGGGCCUCUCCCGAGGUGGGGCGGCGGGGUGGGGGGAUUUCUGGCGCGGCACUGCUGCUCCCUAGUCCCCAUGGUUCUGUCUGGCAGCGAGUCGGGGAGUGGGGGGCUGGAGCAGGCUCCGUGAGAACGAUCCCGCGGGUGGAGCCAGGGUGGCCGCUGCGCUCCCGGAGGAGGCGAGGGAGCGAGGCUGGCUCCGCGCCGACAGGUGGGGGCGCCCCUGGGCGGUGAGUGGGUGGAGGAGGUGGAAGCGCGGAGGCGGUGACCCCCGAGGAAAUGGGAGCGGCGGGCAGCGCGCAGGGAAGAGGAAGAGCUGGAGGACCGGCAGCCGCGACUUUUACGCACGGGAGAGCCUCUGCUUGGCGUCUCCCGAGGGCGUGCGCUCGAGCCCCUGUCUGGCAGCGAGUCCGGGGCUCGAGCAGGCUCCGUGAGAACGAUCCAUGGGUGGCCACUGCGCCCCCGGUGUCUGCGAGGCGAUGGAGUGAGACUGGCUCCGGAUUGACAGGCGGGGGCGCCCCCGGGUGGUGGGCGGAGGAGGCGAAAGCGCGGAGGCGGCACAACCCCAGGAAACGGGAGCGGCAGAGGGCGCAGCCGAGCGCGCAGAGAGGGUUCCGGAACGGAUUAAGUUUGAGAACCAGGGUACCACGCGGCUGGCUUCGUCUGAACUCAAAUUCCCCCGUCUAAUAUCCCUAGUGCGAAAAGAUUGUCAUCAGAGCGCCUGGACUGAAAUUGUCUUUCCAAAACUUCACUCUUGUGGUUUAUCACCACAACAGCUAAUCACUUUGGGUUUUAGUCAAGCAAACAAGCUAAACAAUCUCGAGCGUCAGAACAACUUGGCCACAAUCGGGAAAUUUUUCCCAUGGUAUCACUACUUUCCACCUAUUCGACUCUUUGGCACCCUAUUUGCACAACUUUGAUACAGUGGUACCUCAGGUUACAUACGCUUCAGGUUACAUACGCUUCAGGUUACAGACUCCACUAACCCAGAAAUAGUACCUUGGGUUAAAAACUUUGCUUCAAGAUGAGAACAGAAAUCGUGCAGCGGCAGCAGGAGGCCCCAUUAGCUAAAGUGGUGUUUCAGGUUAAGAACGGACCUCUGGAACAAAUUAAGUACUUAACCCGAGGUACCACUGUAAUUCCAAAAGAGCGACGCGCUUCUACUCUCUCAAGAUUGAAUGUACCACCUUCGGCUGUCCUCGAGGGACAAUUCCAAAAAAUCUCACUGGGAAAAACUGUGGAGAUGGCAGGACUGAAUUUGUGGCUCAUGUCCUUCUGGCCUUAAACAGACUAAAACGUCAAACCUUACAAACUUCCCUAAACAGGGGUGCCUUCCAAUGUCUUCUAAAAGCCAGAAGGCCCUCGGGAGAGGGACCCCAGUGUCUGGAGUGGAGACGCUCCUUCAGGUCUACAGGACCGAGGCUGUUGAGGGCUUUCAAGGUCAGCACCAACACUUUGAAUUGUGCCCAGAAAUGUCCUGGGAUCCAAUGUAGGUCUUUCAAGACUGGUGUUAUGUAGUCUCGGCAGCCGCUCCCAGUUGCCACAUUCUGGAUUAAUUGUAGUUUCUGGGUCACCUUCCAAGGUAGCCCCACAUGGAGCGCAUUGCAGUAGUCCAAGUGGGAGAUAACCAGAGCAUGCACCACUCUGGUGAGACAGUCGGCUGGCAGGGAGGGUCUCAUCCUGCAUCCCAGAUAUACCUGCCCUGGACACAGAAUGGACCUGCGCCUCCAUAGGUCCAAAAUGACCCCCAGGCUGCGCACCUGGUCCUUCAAGGGCGCAGUUGCCCCAUUCAGGACCAGGGUGCCCCCCCACAACUGGACUUCAGUCUCGUCCAGAUCUGUUAGCCGCCAUCCGUCCUCCAACCGCCUCCAGGCACUCACACAGGACCUUGACUGCCUUCACUGGUUCUGAUUUAAAAGGGAGGCUGAGCUGGGUACCAUCCGCAUACUGGUGAACCCCCAGCGGAAACCCCCAGAUAAUCUCUCCCUGCAGGUUCAAAAGCAUGGGGGGGAGGGAGAGACAUUCCACAAGUGAGAGCCCAGGGGUCCAAAGACUGCUUAUUGCUUUCCUUUUAGGUCUCGUUAGAUAGAGAAAUUCAUGUUAAAUUGCUGUUUUAGGGGUUUUUUUAAGUCUGGGAGGCACACCCAGCCUGUGCUGGGUGGAGAGCGAGCGGCAGCAGGAACGCCCACAUUCUUCCACUCUGGGCAGGGCCUGGGUAGCGCCAGGUCAUGGAGAGGUUGCAAAGGGGAUGGGCGGGCGCCACGCCUUGCACUUGGCUCUGGGCCAGAUUCGCCUCCUUGCUUAGGGCUUGUCAAGGCAGCUGAAGCUGGGCGGAGAGGGCCAGAUGGGCGGAGUAAAAAUAAUAAAAUGAUCCUUAUUAUCCAGGAAAGCUCUGGCCGGCCUAAAGAGCUGGCGAGAUGGGGGCACACCCAGCCGCCUGCAGCCGUGUCCGCACCUAUGGCAGGAAUUUCCUCCGGGCCUCGCCCUUCUCUGCUGGCAAAUAAAGGGGGGGGGGGAGAGAGAGAGAGGGGGGAAGAAGUCCAGGGAGGAAGAGGGAGGGAAAGAGAGAAGAGAGGAUAUAUGAAGGGAGAUUGGAGAGAAAUGGAGAGAAAGAGAAAAAAGUAGAGAGAAAGAGAGGGGAGAAAGAGAAAGAGAAAAGAAGAAGUAGUAGUCCAGGGAGGGAAAGAAAGAAGAGAGGGAUAGAGGAAGGGAGAUUUGAGAGAGGAACAGAGAGCAAAAAAGUAGAGAGAAAGACACAGAGAGAGAGAGAUGUGAAGGCAGGGCUUGCUUGAGCAUCACAGGGAAGCCAGCCUGCAGGCUCUGUUGCCACGGCAAUGGGAUGCACCCGAUAGAGCUUGGUACCUGGCCCCAUCAGCAUCAGCACCAGCAGCCUCAGACCAGCAGGGAGACCCGGUCCCUCUUGGCCCCCUUGGUGGGCAGGCGGGCAAUGGAAGGGUCCCUUCUCCCUGCGAGGGGCCAGAGGGGAACUCUACGUUGCCCCAGAGGCCGAGCUCUGGGCCCUCUGUCCUCUCGUCGCUGUCUCGUGCGCAGAGAGACUUUUGCCGUCUUGCCCGCCCCCCAAAAUUUGCACUCAAAUUCCAAAAGUGAGGUGCGCUUUCUCCUAGAAAGAGAUGCGGGCCUGGGUACCAGAUCCAUCCUCAGGUGCAUCCAGUUGCCAUGGCAACAGAGCCUGCAGGCUGGCUUCCCUGUAAUGCUCCAGCAAGCCUUGCCUUCACAUAUCUCUCCCCCCCCCUUCCUCUCUCUGAGCUGCCUUAAAUCAGAUUUUUAAAAUAAAAUGCUUUGGGAGGAAAAAUAUUUCUCAAGAUUUUCUCUUUAAGCUAGUCCAAAGGCUAUUCAUCAGGAAAGAAGGAUUUGUUUAAAGUUUUUCAUGUGUGCUGAAACUCAGUCAGUUAGGCUUCCUCAAAAUCAGCAAUCCAGAUGUUUUUGACCUACAACUCCCAUGAUCUGUAGCUAGCAGGUCAGGGAUGCUGGGAAUUGUAGUCUGGAGGGCUGAGGUUGAGGAAGCCUGCCCUAAAUUUUUCUUUUAAAAAAAGUUUAAGCACAUCAGUUAACAAACAUGGAUACAUAUACCAUAAUGUUGUUUUAGUUAUUGUUUUAGUUAAAUAAAUUGUUUAAAUAGUUAUGAAGGAAAUGAUUCCUUUUCUCCUUCCAAUCAAGCACAGUAGAAAAGUUGUCCAAACAGAAACAGUUAAUUUAUUAAACCUCCCCAUAAUUUUAUAAUUAUUGUUCUAAUAGUCUAUGCAUUUCUGAAAACUUAUGACUCCAAAAAGGAAACAUUCCUCCAGUUGUCCAUAUUAAGAGGAGGCCAGCAAGGCUGAACCUUUUUGUAAAAACAAAAAAAACAACAACACAGAUUCUAUCAUUCCAAAAAGGAAACCACCUUCUGCUUGUCAAUAUUUUAAAAAGGAUGCCAGCAAGGUCGAACCUUUCUGUAAAGGCAGGGCGCCCUGGCUGGGCUUUCCUUUUGACUGUGGGUGGAGGUGGGUGGGUGGGUGCAUUUUGGAGGGGUGCCCCACACCUGAGUCAGUUCUCCGGGGCUGCCCUUUGCCAGCUCUUGGAAAGGCCUUGGGGGUCCGGCUGCAGCCAGGGGGGCCCUUUUUGCAAAGCUUUUGGCGGCACUUGCAACCCCCAGCUUUCUGUAAAAAAAGCAUCUUCAGUUUUAUUUGGGCAGGGAGCAUCAUGAGUGCUCACAGUCUUGGCUUUAGGACAUCAUCAUCAUCAUACUACUACUACUAUAGGGUUGUUGUUUGUAUUUUGAUUUCAUGUAUGCAAUAUUUUAUGUGAACCGCCCUGAGACCUUUGGGUAUAAGGCGGUAUAAAGAUAAAAUUAAUAAUAAUAAUAAUAAUAAUAAUGAAGAAGAACAAUAAUUUCAUUAAGAAUUUUAUGAUUCCCAAAAGGAAACUUUCCUCUGCUUUUUGUAAAAAAGGGAUUUUAUUAUUCCAAAACCGAAACCUUCCUCCAGUUGUCCAUAUUAAGGGAAUGCCAGCAAGGUUGAACCUUUCUGUAUAAAAAAGGAUUUGAUGAUUCCAAAAAGGAAAUCUCCCUCCACUUCGCCAUAUUCAGAGGAGGCCAGCAAGGCUGAACCUUUCUGUAAAAAAAGGGAUUUCACUAUUCCAAAAAGGAAACUUUUCUCAGCUUGUCUAAAAGUAAGUGGAUGCCAGCUAGGUUGAACCUUUCUGUAUUAUUGCAGAAAGGAAACCUUCCUCCGAUUGUCAAUCAGAGGAUGCCAGCAAGGCUGAACCUUUCUGUUAAGACAAAAGGGGGUUUAUUAUUUCAAUAAGGAAACCUUCCCAAGGUGUUCAGGAACCCAGACCUGACUGGCCCUUCUCUUCCCUUCCCCAGGCUCCCGGCACCUCUGCCCACCAUGAGUUCCUCGCCACUGCUGGGUGACGGCGAGCUGCCGGCCGCGUUGCUGGGUGACAUUAAGACUGAGCCCCCCGAGGAGCUGCUGGCCGAGCCGGUGGAUCUAUCGGUCCACAAAACCAAGGUGCCACCAGUGCCCCAGAUCCCUCUCUCCUGCUUCCGGACCGGUGCACCGCCCGCCGUGUCACCGGCGCCACUGGGCUCCACGUCCUCGGCCAUCCCAGCUGUCCUGUCUCCGGGCUCCAUCCUGGCCUCAAGCCAGGGCAGCGGCGGGCAGCAGAUCCUGCACGUGAUCCACACGAUCCCCUCGUUCCAGCUGCCCGGCAAGAUGGGCAAACUCCAGACCAUCCCGCUGGUGGUCCAGUCGCUGCCGGUCGUCUAUGCCGCCGUGCCGGCCGACGGGGUGGCGGCAGCCGCCGUGACGGUGCCCCUCAUCGGGGGCGACGGGAAGGACGCCGGGUCCGGUGAGGGCACUGCAGGGUGGUCAUAGAUCAUGACAAUAUUAAGAGCAUGCCAGCAAGGCUGAACCUUUCUAUAAAAGAAGGAUUUCAUUGUUCCAAAAAGGAAAGCUGCUUCCAAUUGUCCACAUUAAGAGGAUGCUGAACCUUUCUGUAAAAAAAGGAUUUCAUUAUUCCCAAAAGGGGAAGUAAGCAAAGGCAGGGAGAAACAACCAUGUCAGAUCACUAAACUCCAGGAAACUACAAAUAUAUCCCGGAAAGUCUUGUCCUUUUUCUGAAUGUGCCUUUGUUUUUCCCUGCAGUGAAAGUGGACCCCGGUUCUAUUUGCCCAAUUGGCAUUGGCAGCGAGAGCGACGACAGCGCUUCGGAGAGCCGCCCGGCCUCCUUCCCCGAGCUCCAGAGAGAGUGAGUUUCCUGCCAGAGGAUGCCAGCAAGGACGAACCUUUCUGUAAAGAAAGGAUUUAAAUCGAGUCUUACGGACUAGGGAUUUAAAUCGUGAUUUAAAUUGAUUUAAUUUAUACUGUUAUUAUUAUUAUUAUUAUUAUUAUUAUUAUUAUUAUUAUUAGGAUUAGGGUUAGCAAUAAGAGUUAGAGAUAGGGAUAGGAGUUAGGGACAGGGAUUAGGGAUAGAGUUGUUGUUAGUUGAAUCUUACUCUCAGGUUCUGCUGUUUCUUGUCCUUGAUUUUGACUUUUUUUUUCAUUGUUAUUUUAUUUUUAACAAUGAGUGGCCAGAUGGGAGGGGUAUGGAUCAUAUAAUAAUAAUAAUAAUAAUAAUAAUAAUAAUAAUAAUAAUAAUAAUAAUAAUAGGAUGUUGAGUCUUACUAUCAGGUUCUGGUGUUUGUCAUGUGUCUGUUUUUUACUGUUUUUUUAAUUGUUAGUUUAUUUCUAACAAUGAGUGGCCAGGUGGGCGGGGUAGAAAUAAUAAACUAGUACUACUAGUAGUAGUAUUUUGUUACUCCCCUCCUCUCUGCCGAUCUCUUGCCAGGCCAUCCUCCGUGAGCCAGAUGCAGCAGACCGACUCCCCGGACCUCAAGAAGAGGCGCAUUCACCAGUGCGACUUUGAGGGUUGUAGCAAAGUUUACACAAAGAGCUCACACUUAAAAGCUCACAGAAGGAUACACACAGGUAGGGUCAACCUUCCUGGCAUCCUCUUAAUAUUGACAAUCAGAGGAAGACUUUUUUUAAUCAUAAUAAAUUCCUUGCUGGCAUCCUCCUAAUACUGACAAUGGGAUGAAGGGUUUCUUUUUGGAAUAAUAAAAUCCCUUUGUUAAAAGGAAGGGACAGCCUUGCUGGCAUCCUAUUUAUUUCAUGUUACUAAAACAAUAACCCUCUGUUGCCCCCUGCAGGAGAGAAGCCGUAUAAGUGUACCUGGGAGGGCUGUACCUGGAAAUUUGCCCGUUCUGAUGAAUUGACCCGGCAUUUCCGGAAACACACAGGCAUCAAGCCCUUCCGCUGCUCGGACUGCGACCGGAGCUUCUCGCGCUCGGACCACCUGGCUCUCCAUCGCCGGAGACACAUCAUGAUGUGAAAUUGGAGGGCCGGCGGUCACCCUCGGAUCCCCCCCCCCAAAUAUCCAGGGGUCAAAGGAGAAACUUUGGCAGAGUGAAGAACCAUGACAGCGAGUUUGAUUCCCCAAGCCAAGAUGGGUGGAGUCUCUCGGACCUUUACCGAAAGGUUCAGCCUUGCUGACAUUCUCUGAAUAGGGACAAUUGGAGGAAGGUUUCCUUUUGGGGAUAAGAGGAAUAACCUCAAUUGACGGGUGCCAUUCCCCUUUGGCAGAAGGGGUCAAGCCGGACUUGAACCUGAAACCUGGUUCGACUGAUGGGGGUAGUUUCCCCUUUGGCGGAUGGGGGGGUCUGGGGGCAACAGAAGAGGGUCUUCCUUGUACGGAUCAAUAUAUGAGAUUUUGGGUGGGAUAUGGACAUGAACAUCUCCCCGGGUUCCGAGUGCGAGUGGCGCAUUCCCAUAGAAAGGGAUUGAUUGAGAGCUGUUUGUGGAUUUUCCUCUCGAGCGAGAGCAUUGAUCGCUGAAACGAAACCAAUCUUCAAUGGACCGUUUGAUGAAGUAAAUAAGACAGGACAGGGUUACUUUGAGUCUCAAACUUCAGUCCAAAGCGUUCCAAGUGCGAGUCAUGCUUUCCCAUAGAAAGGAAUGCAAAAUGGAUUAAGACAGCAAUUUGACAUGAAUUUUGCUCUCUAACAAGACCAUUGAUCCCCAAAACGAAACCAAUAAUCAAUGGACUGUACUAUGAAAUAAAUAGGAUCUUAUAGAUGAUAGAAACUGAAAUUAAUUUUUUUUCUCACCUGCACUGACCUGAUUGAUCCGUUCCGGACUUUUAAAAACAGCCAUUUGAAUGUGAAUUUUGCUCUUUAUUGAGAAUUUGAUCCCCGAAAUGAAACCAAUAAUCAAUAGACUGUACGAUAAAAUAAAUAAGAUCUUGUAGAUGAU